CAUACCGCACUCCGUCCAUUAGUUUUUGAGUUAGCCUUCUCUUAUCGAUGGGUACAUUCUCUUCCAUCUUCUUCGCCCUUGCUCUUCUCCUCUUCAUCAAAUUCCUCCUCUCAUCCAAGAAGAAAAGGCUCCCACCAAGCCCUCCUACCCUUCCCUUCAUCGGCCAUCUCCAUCUGCUCAAGAAGCCACUCCACCAUGCACUCCUCCGCCUUGCCGAGCGCCAUGGUCCGAUCCUCCUCCUCCGUUUUGGCUCCGUCCCCGUCCUUGUCGUCUCCUCCGCUUCCGCCGCCGAGGAGUGCUUCACCACAAAUGAUGUCACCUUUGCCAACCGCCCCAGCCUCCCUUCAGCGAAGUACUUGUCCAACAACUACACCACCCUCGGCUCCACCGACUAUGGGCCCCACUGGCGCAACCUCCGGCGCGUCGCCACCAUCGAGCUCCUCUCCACCCAGCGCCUCCUCUCCUCCACCGACGUCCGAGCCAAAGAGGUUCAUGAACUGGCCCGCGGUCUCUUCCUUAAUUCCAAGGGAGGGACGGCCGAGGGUUUCGUCAAGGUGGAGCUCAAGUCGAGGCUGUUCGAGUUGUCGCUUAACAUUAUGAUGAGGAUGAUUGCAGGGAAGAGGUACUACGGCAACGACGGCGAGGUGUCCGAGGAGGCGAGACAAUUUAGGGAGAUCGUCGAGGAGUUCUUCUCGUUGGUUGGGACAUCAGACCUCGGAGACUUCUUGCCGAUGCUAAGGUUGGUGGAUUUCCAGGGAGUUAGGAAGAGGUUGGCGAGUCUGCAGAAGAGGAGGGAUGAGUUCAUGCAGCGACUGAUAGAUGAACUCCGGAAGGGGAGUACGGAGAUAAAACAAGAGGGUGAGGAGGAGGAGAAGAAGAAUAUGAUUGGUGACUUAUUAUCGCUGCAGAAGACGGAUCCGGAGUACUGCACCGACCAGACCAUCAAAACUCUUUGGUUGAGUUUAUUACAAGCUGGAACAGAUACUUCAUCUAAUACAAUUGAAUGGGCUAUGUCCCUUCUACUUAAUAAUGGAGAGGCAUUGAUGAAGGCCAGGGAAGAGAUAGAUAUACGUGUGGGAAACGAGCGCUUGGUGGAGGAAUCAGAUCUUUCUAAUCUUCCAUAUUUGCAGUGCGUCAUCGCUGAAACACUUCGUUUGUAUCCUGCUGGUCCGCUCCUUGCGCCCCAUGAAUCAUCCAAUGAAUGUGUUGUAGGAGGAUACAAUAUUCCGCAAGGAACAAUGUUGUUGGUAAAUGCAUAUUGCAUCCAUAGAGAUGCCAAGACGUGGGAGGAGCCCACAAAAUUCAAGCCAGAAAGAUUUGAGAACGGAAAGGGGGAAGGGAAGUGGAUGAACCCAUUUGGAAUGGGGAGGAGGAGGUGCCCUGGAGAAGGGCUUGCAAUGAGAGAGGUUGGGCUAGCACUUGGUACAUUGAUCCAAUGCUUUGAGUGGAAGAGAGUUGGCAAAGAAGAGGUGGACAUGGAUGAAGGCCCCGGACUGACCUCGCCUAAGGCCGUUCCAUUGGAGGCGAUGUACUCUCCGCGCCAAGCUAUGAUCGACGUUCUUGCAGGACUUUAAAUCACUCGGAUAUGAUUUAUCUGUUUUGAUUUCUGAAUCUCUAGUAAAUGAAGUCAGGUUUAUAUAUGUAAUCAAGUGAUAUGUACUUUGCUUAUGGCAUAAUAGAUUUUCUGGAGAUCUCACUUAUAUGGGAA